GUCAUACUACGCGGCCGUACCGAGCAAAUCGAACGUUCCUAGCAAAGGCGAGUACCCGCCGCCUCCCGCGCACAGCCGGCUCAUCUCCGGCAAACCCUCGGACAAAAUGACCGCCGCCGGCAUCCACCCCUCGAUGCUGCCCAAGGGCGACCUGUCCAUGUACGGCUACCAGGUGCACGCCUCCCCCAACGCCUACUACGAGCCAAAGAAGUCCUCGGACCUGUACAAAACCACCACGCCGGGCGGUCUAGUAGUCACUAAGGCGGGGGAUGGACGGGGAGGGAGCUACCCAACCCUCCGCCGCUGGUCAAAGCGAGAUGAAGAACUCGGUGAUCAAGCCCUCACGCAAUCUCCCCAUCACAUGGGACACGCUCCUAGUCCUCACCAUCACCUCGAAACGCCCAAAUCCGGACACCACAGAUCUUCCGGCAACCAGAUGCCCAGCCCUCAUCACCAAAGACAGUCGCCUCACGGGGUGGCGCACCCUCACAGCCAGCAACACAUGUCGCCCGAGUUACGGUUUAGGCAAGAACCAGGGCAGACAAUGAUCUUUCCUACUUCAGGCAAACCUGGGUUUCCUUUCAUGUCAACGGCAUCAACUCCUGGCAGUUACACUCUAGCUACGACAGCCUCGAUGGCCGGUUCCAAACCCAAAGUAUCCUCUCCAGCGCCUCAGCAUAUCUACGGCAAACCGUCCGCGGUGAGCGUGGUACCGGUGAGCCGACCGCACGAGGUCCAAGCUCCUCCUCAUCCUGUUCCUAAACCUCCGUUGAGCGCGAACGUGUCUCCAUCGCCCUACCAGCAAGUGUCUCAGUACCACCCUCCGGCGAUGGCUUCCAGUUCUAACGUCAACAGUUGCCCACCUCCUCCCGCUCAUAGUAGUCGUACCACGUCGACGAUAGGCUAUAGUAUAUCACCGGGACCGGUGGUAUUCAACAGCAAGUCCAAACGCAACCUGCUUGAUCUUGGUAUUAGUUCAAAUAAAUCAAGUAAUGACCAACCUACGUCGCCCAAAAGAAAAACGACGCCACUGGGCACGCCAGUUUGUUUGGAGGUUAAGAAACGUCGAGUAGAGACACCUCCCGGUUUAACGCCGACGUUACAACAGAAUCUGAAGAAUUUCGGUAAUAAUUUGGCACCUCAGCCUCAACUGGCAAGGGUCAGCGAACCCAGCCCUCUCAUAGCUAGCGCCGCAACUACAAUUACAACCCUCGUCAAUACCCUCGCAGCUUACAGGACACCCGUAACAACAGUGACAACAAACCUCCUAGUUCCAACUCAGUCACCCACAUCACUGACCGAAAAUCUACCCGACCUGAGCGUGACGACGGUCACUUUAGACGCGCCGCGCCCCGCGAGCACCGAUUCCACACAUUCCACGCCUCCCGCCAAGCCGGCCACGCCCAGCUUACCGCUCAGUUCGAGUCCGGCGCCGCCAGCGCGCAACACGCCUACGCCUAACAGCGUAGGAGCACCGCCUCUAUCGACCACACCCAAUCCUGGCGGAGGCGGAUGUUCCACGCCCAAUAACAUGCCGGGAACGAGUAGCACGCCUCCGAUUACGGACGAGAAUCCGGGCACACCCCUUAAGAUCCCGCCCAGCGCCGUGGAUUCAGAGAAAAGUAAUAGUCCGGGACCGCAGAAGACCGCGGGCGGGACUUAUCCCGUCAGGCAUCUGAAAAAGGCGUGGCUACAAAGGCACACAGGCGAAGACCUCGAAGACACGACAGGCGUAGUCGGUUCCGGUAGUUGCGUGUCCCUUCCCCUAAACCUAGGCUCCCCCAGUCCGCCGCCGGCAAAGAAAGAGAACCCGGUCAAUUCCAUCCACUCUGUGGGCAGCAUGGCGGUGAACAGCAUCAACAAAAGCAAGCAUUUCCAGGCCAAAACGGUCGGGCGUAAAACUAAAGAGAACGUCAAUGGGGAUGCGUCGAGUAAGAACAACGAUGACUCGUCGAGUUCGGAUCAGGAACGCGGGGGUCGUAAAAGCCCCCCUAAGAGGAAACCUCCGAAAGUGAAGAGGAAAAAAGGUGGAGGUGCUGGUAAUAACAGCGCGGUAUUGGCUAAGAAGACUGCCGAGGAGAAGAAGCGGAAAAAUGAAAAGUUGGUGAGUGAAAUACAAAGUUAUUUUAAUGUCUUUUAA